GAUAUUAACAUUCCGAAAACUCAAACAAUGCAUAACGAACACGGUCGUGUGUGAAACUUAUCACUUUAUAUUCUGGACAAAAAUAAACCUACUUCCUUUAAAGGUGCUGUCGUACUUCCGCUCAGAUCAAAUCCCUUUAAGAAAAACCACAACAACUGAACAGCUGAUGUAAAGAUGGCGACUCUCUGCUCGGAAGUGACCGCUAGUCUGAACUCCAAAGACUCCGAGAAUGAAUUCCAUGCCAUUUUACGGCGGUGCAGGGGUCGCCCCAGGCUGUCGGACACAGACCGAGCUCGGAGACGACUCGAAUCCCGGAAAAAGUACGAUGUCCGAAGAGUGUACCUCGGGGAAUCGCACAAGCUGUGGAGCGACCUGCGGCAGAAAACCUGCCUGAGCGACGCGGGACUCGCUGAGUAUUUAAUCCUGCUGAACUCGGCUUACGGAGACAGAUACCAGCAGAAGUACAGCGUGAAGAACUUUCCAGAACUGUGUAGAAAUCAGAAAAAAGGGAAGAAGGUGGCUGCCACAAGCUUACACAGUAUAGUGAGUUGGUAUCAGGAGCACUGCCAGAUGUGCUGUCAUGAACCUGAGCUGCGGUCUGUGGAACCAAUGCUGGGCCUGUCCACAACAGUGCUCUGGCAGUGUGAUGCUGAACAUUCGUUUACUCAGCAUAUUUCAUGGCCUGUGGGAGGCAGUAGCGAGUCUGACGAGGAUGACACCAAUAGGCAGCCAGAGCCAGAGCGAACGAGUUUUCAGACUGCAGCAACAGCUGUGAGCAACCAAAAGCUCUUGGCAGAUGAGCUUGAGAGUGCCACAGCAGAGGUUGCUAAAGUAUCUCAACGGAUGUCCUCAACUGCUUUUAGUCAACUCCCAGAAUCCCAUACUGAAGCAGUCACAUCCUCACCCUCCCUUGGAGAGCAGGUCAUGUGGGAAUCAGAACAAGAACGGGAGUUGUCCGUGGCUAGUUGUGAAAAUGAAGUGAGAGAUAACCUUCCUUUUGUAGAGGAGGCAUGUGACUUAAAGCCUGAAAUGUUAGGUGGUCACGCUUCUAGGACAGAUAGUUAUGAGUGCGUGGUGGUCACAGCUGCUUUGAAGGAAAGCCUGCAUAGACCAGAUGGAGCCAGUCAUUUGACGGGGGACAUUGAAGAAAAUGAAGCACAAUCAGUCUCGGGAGCUGGGACCGAUACUCCCACAGCGGCCACUCCAGAACAAACAGAUCUGUAUGAAACUCAGGCAAUGCAGAGCAUGGUGAGGGGCUGUGAGCUACCAGACCAGCAUGCUACACUGCAGGGCUCACAGCUGAUCAUAAUCACAGGAUCCAGUUAUGAAGCGAUGACAUCUGAAGGCAUUCAGCUGAAUGUGGGUGGUGGAGAUGUUGAGGGAGUCACAUGCACAGUAAUAGAGGGGGUGGCUUACAAUCAGAUGUGCCAAUCAGAUGUGCCAACUUUCCAGAACAGCAUUUCACAUACAGAUACCAUGACAGAUCUGAGUGAGAAGCAGCUGUUGGAGCCCAGUGAAGAAUCACGCAGUCAGAAAAAUGUUCAAUGCUCCCUCAGCAGGUCCAAGAGAAGUCGUCAGGGUCCAGUUAUUGAGGCAGAUGGCAUGCUAAAAAUGUUCCACUGUCCAUAUGAGGGCUGUAGUCAGGUUUAUGUGGCCCUCAGCAGCUACCAGAACCAUGUGAACCUGGUACACAGGAAAGGCAGGACAAAAAUGUGUCCACAUCCUGGCUGUGGGAAGAAGUUUUACCUAUCUAACCAUCUACAUCGCCAUAUGAUUAUUCACUCGGGAGUGCGAGACUUUAUCUGUGAGACGUGUGGCAAGUCUUUCAAACGCAAGAACCAUUUAGAGGUGCACAGACGCACUCACACAGGAGAGACGCCAUUACAGUGUGAGAUCUGUGGUUAUCAGUGUCGUCAACGGGCUUCACUUAACUGGCACAUGAAGAAGCACACAUCUGAUGCACAAUUUAACUACACCUGCGAGCACUGCGGCAAACGAUUUGAAAAACUCGACAGUGUGAAGUUCCACAAGCUCAAAAGCCACCCAGACAGACAGGCCCCUUGAAAGGAGUGGGGAAAAAAGCACAAAACAACAUAACAUAACAUAAGGGCAUCUGUUUUAUCCGUUUUAUCUAAACUAGUGCUUGGUGAGCAGAGUGCACUGUUUAUGGACUGGGUGCUCAUGAAAUGCUGAUGGGGAGGAAAUAAUGAAACAGAAUGAAGAAAAGGCCUAAAAAGAAUUGUGGUCUAAAGAGGCCAUAGCAUCAAGUUUGUGUGCUAUAAGUAAGUGUGCUUGUUUCAGACUUUUUUUUUCGUGUGCUGUGCUGGUCACAGCUUCCAUUCACCCAUGAAUGUUGCAUGGUUUUAAAAUGUGUCUGUGAAGUAUUGUUUACAAAGUGUUUUGUAUGCUCAGUCUUCUGUAGACUAAAGCAUCAUCUUAAGCUUUAUAAACUGUUUAAUUUGUUUGCAUUUAAACAGAUUUUGUGUUUAAUUUUUAUUAUCAACAUAUUUUUAGGAAGAAAUUAAAUAGAGAAAUUCAAUAAUUACAUAAAUACUGUAGUUAAAAACAGCUAUUCUGUUAAACAUUUAACAGGUUAAUUUUUGCAUCCUAAAACUGUAAGUCCGUUGCCUGUCAGCAACGUUUCCAGGAUAUCUGCAAAAUAUACUGUACUGCAAUCCUAAAAAGAGAAAGCAUCUUUUUAACGAAGUAAUGAAGGUUUCAGUAUGCAUAUGCAUACGACUUACCUGUAGCAAUGAGUAAAAAGUGAAGGACCGUCUUUGUUUCACAUUUGUGUGUUUAGGAUAUUUGGGUUGACUACGCAAGGAUAACCUCAGAUUUUAAAGUGUAUCGAAAUAGUUCAGUUGUUUGGGCCUGAAAUAUUACAAAUUAAUUUUGUCAGCCUUAAAAGCAUUCGGGUUUCAUUGGCUUUGAAGCUUCAGGAAACUAAAGCAGUUUUACCAGAAGAGAAUGCUUAUUAGAACCAACAUUGGGUAAUAUAUGUAAAAAAUAAAUAAAUACAUACAUAGACAUUAGUGUGAGUGGGACAACUAAAUUCAUGCAGUGUUGUCAAAUGAGAUUACAGUUAAUCUUUUUGGUUGUACGCGCCAUGAGCAAGCAUGGUAUAAUCAACAGAAAAAAAGAAUAAAAGCGACCAUAGCAACUGUAAAUGUGAGGGCUCCAGGGGAUUCUUUAAAGAUUUAACCAAGUACCAUAAUAUUUGUGAUUCAUAACCUGUCUACCUGUGACAGGAAUUUAAUGCCUGGCUUUUUAAAGGUUUUUAACCUACUAUAUAUAACCAUAUAACCAAAUUCAAAAACCAGAGGAACACAGUGUUGACCUCUGUCUCUGGAGCAGUCCGCAUAUGCAAACUUAGGAAUAUAAAGAACUUUAAAUUGCUCUGGAUCUAAAAUCCAUAUUCAAAUCUCUCCAAACCGGUUUGCCAUUACAAGAAGCAGCUCAGACCUGUUGAGGUGCCAAUAAUUUUUAAUUUUGCAGAAUAAGUUGCAUUUUGUGUUAGAACCAUACAGUAUGUCUAUACAGUAUGUUAAAGCUCACAAUGUCACUGGUUGCAUGUUCAUUUUAUGCAGUUUAUAUUUAUUGGGAGUGCCAAUAAUUGUUUAACGGUUGUGACUGUGUAACUAUUUUGUUGAUCUUUGCCUUUUAAUUAGUAAAUUGUGCAAAUAUGUAGGAUUUUUACUGCAAUGCAGACCAGCAUUGAAUGAAAGUGCUGAGCAAGACUGUGUUUAAUUUGUUAUAA